AUUCAUAUGUUCUCAACCAUUGACGACGAACGGCUGUCUUCCGUUCAGUUGACAAUUGGGAAGCAGGGGUGAGAGCCUGCAAGAGGCAAGUGCCAUAUGUUGACCCUGUGGUAUUUCCUGGCAGUGCAGUUAUUGUCACUUUCCUGCCGUUUGUUGCUUAUUGGCGAUAUGUGUCUGUCGCCUCCCGAAGUCCUUCAGGUAAGCAGGCCGGCCCUUCCAAAAGACACAUGCAGGCUUCAUAACACGGAUAUGCCCUCUCAAGCCCAAGCCGGUAAUGUUAUACUAGUCAAAAUGGAAAGGCAAGUCCCGCUUCUGCUGGACCAUCAUCCUUUACUUCCCAGCACACCCUCUUGAUCUUCUACUCUGUCGUACCAUAGGAUGCUCCGGCCUGC